AUGGCAAAGGAAACGGCGAAGAGAAACCUGAGGAAGAACAAGGUGCGCAUGCGCGUCUUCUCGAUGAUCACCGCUGCCGUGAACCUCCUCUACGUCCUCGCCAUCCUCUACCGCAACGGCAGCCUGCCAUCCUUUCAUGACCUCAUGGCGAUCGGCUUCUGGGCCGGUCAAGAGUACCUCGCCUACGCGAUGCUGAGCAAGGUGGCGCAGCCCACCAUCAGCCCGGACGGCGAUUUACUGGACUGCAUCGACGCCUCGAAUCCGCAGGAGCUGGGCUACUAUUCCUUGGCUCAGGAUGUGCUGUGGGUGUGCUGGGUGGUGCAGGCGCUGUGCAUGAUGCAUCCCGCCUUCAUCGUCUUCUACCUUCCUGUGCCAGCGACACUCAUCUACAAGGUGUGGGGCUCAGUGCUGAAGCCUUUGGUCUCCGUCUACCUCGGCGGCCGCGGCGCCGGCACUGGCGCGGAGGAAGGUAGCAGCAAUGGCCCCCCGCGCAAUCGUCAGGAGCGACGGGAGGAGGCGCUGAAGCAGCGCAAGGCAGCGCGGCGUGGCACGUCAGCGACAGAUUGA